UUAAACAACGAUAGAAUUGGUAUUAAUUUGAAUACAGGUUUGUAUACUUUUUUAAUAAAUAAAAAGGCUAGAAUACACCGCUUAGAUCCUCUUUUCAUUAUUUUUCAAACAUUUAUUUUAAAUAGAGAUUUUAUUGAUUGACAGAUUGUCAAUGUAUUGAUUGACGAUACAAAUAGCUCAUUGAAGAACAGUUUUUCGAUUCAAAAUGGUUAAAAAAGUGAAGUUUGAUUUCAGAGACGUAUCAUCGGGAUUCCAAAAAAUACGACAGUUUCUAUUAGGGCGCAAAUAUAAGUAUCACAAUAGAUUUCCCCCGUUAAUAUCUCCAAGGUCUAUUCCACCUCCUGAUGUUCCGAGGGGACCUGAAGUUAAAUAUGCUAACCAUUGGUACACUCAUCGGAAUGUUUUGAAUUCUGUGAAACCUCCUGUAGUGGCGCCAGUUGCUGAAGGAAAACCUAAAGGAAAAAAAGUAAACCCCUGCUAUGUGAAAUCUGAUGCUUCGGCAUUUAGUUGUCCUCCAACGCCGGGCCCGCCAUGGUGGUUUGAUGGCCACUGUUACUACGAAUACAUCGAAACAAGUGCGAAGGAGGGUUGUCCUCCUCCGAACCCUUGUGAACAGCCGCCUUCUAAGCCAUGUCCCCCUCCUUGCCCUCAGAAAAAAGAAGAACCGCCCAAAUGCACACCUCCGCCAAAGCCUUGCGACCCGUGCAAACCACCGCCACCGCAAGAGGGUUGCCGAUAAAGUAGUUAUGAGUUCUUGAAGUAGGAAGCCUACCACCAGCUCUGUGGGGGGCUGUUGUAGUAAUGCGCUAUCCCUUCAACAACUGCAACAGUCGUUCAUUAGAAGUCGGUGGUAGUUACCACGACGUGCAAAAAUGAGACGCCGCACGGUGUAUCACCUCGUCUUUUUUCCGCGGUGGCAUCAGUCCUGCUUUAAGUACUCAUAAUACCGGAACUGAUAUAAGACCAGAAUUAUACAUGACGGUUGAAACUAAAGUUUUCUAGCUAUAAAAAUUAAGUAGGGUAUAUACGAAAUUUGAAACUCAGCACAAACAUAAAAUUGCUAUUUAAAUUAUGUUAUCUUUAAUUCUUAAUUUAUAUUAAUGUUGCUUAUUAUUAAAUCAUGUUGUCUAAAAUGUUAAGUGCGUGUUUUUAUUUCGUUUAAAGCGGUUUUUGGUUGAGCUCAAGUUGGAUUCAUUCACGAUCAUGUUUGCUGCAACUUGUU